AUGUCGUUUGAACUGGAAAGCUGCGAGAACUCGGAGUCGUCGGGAUGUUCGAUCGAUGACAAGUUACCGGCAAAAAACUGUCUGAUCAGAGGGAAAGACGGCGUUUAUGCGGUUGGCCGCAAAAUUGCUCAAGGACGAUUUGGAGCUGUCUAUGAGGUUGGGAUUCGUUCAAUGAUCUUUUUUUUUCAUCAUUCGACUGAGGAAAAUAGAAAAUUUAAGUCUUCAGUUCAUUGUGAAAUCAAAAAAAUGCUUUAAAACUAAGCGCUAGAAAAUUAAAUAUGUAGUAAAUAAGUCUCCUUCAACUAUCAUCAAUCCUAAAAUUGAAUCAAGAUUAAUUUUUUUAUCGAGUUUCAUUAUAAAUAAGUUUUCUGGAAGCACUUUUUAUACGUUUAUAGCAGCAUAAUUCUUAAUCCAAUAAGUGUCACUUGAAAAUUUUGCCAUAACUUGAUUCAUUCAGAAAGUUUUGGUUUGUCCUUCGAAAAAAGCAACCUUUUUAAGAAGUGAAGAGAUACCAAAGAUAUCACCAGACUUUGAGAAUGAAAACCUUGUUAAAAAUGUGAUUUUGGAUGUUCCAGGUCCUCAGACGAUCCGACGGCAAACCGUUUGCUUGCAAGCUGGAAAUUUGCGAAGUUCACUCCCACGGCCUCGAUAUGGAUUAUACCGUUAUGCACAAGGCAGCCAAGAAAGGUUUCAGAUAUUUUUCAGUGGGGCCAAGUUCCGUAGGUGGAAUGGCUCGAUGCGUCGCGGACGCGCCGCAUCCAGAUUGUAUUAUAGUCCGUUCGACGCGACUUGACCGUUUUUGCGUGUCUGCGUCUCUCUGUUCUCUCACCGGCGAGGUCAGAGAAACAUGGAAAUAGCACGCAAACAUGAGAGACACGUCGAGAGACGAGGAGGGCGCAGAGAAGUCCUUUCAAGUCGCGAAAAACGGACUAUACGCGGCUUUUUUGAGGAUUUCUCAUUCCGGGCUGAAAAAAUCAUUUUUGGUCGAUUUUCUGAUAACUUCCUGAAUGGGAUUAAAAUUUGAACCUUUUUUGGUGACCUAUUUUCAUUUUUUCCAGAACCUACAUUUCAUUUAUUCAACUUUCAAAUUGAGCCAUUCCCCAUGCGGCUGACACGCUCUGAGUUAGAAAGAGUCGAAUAUUCUCGAACUCCUAGAUUUUUAUUAUCAUUUUUUCGAACCUUAAACAUUACUGGUUUAAAGGCGCCGACCAUCUGCUCCGCAUGAUUGAUCGCGGAAAAAUCGAGGAGCACUUCAAAUUCAUCAUCAUGCCUUUGGUAAAAAAAUUACAACAAUUUUUCUGAAAAACACUUUUUUUCAAGUUGGGAGACAACUUGAUGAAGAUGAGGUUCAUGUUUGAAGACGGCCGAUUUUCGCUGUCCACCGGCCUUCGUUUGGCUCUUCUGGCCCUGACUCCGAUUCAAGAGCUUCACAAUUUGGGUUAUGUUCAUCGGGACAUUAAGGUUGGUCCAUAGAAAUUCAAAAAACCACAACAUAAUUCGAAAAAAUCGAGAAAUAGGUAGGAGUUUUCGGAUUCAAUCGCAUUGAAUUUUAUAGGUAAACUUAAGAAAAAAAAUCUUUUCUUCUCAUAUUUCCUGGUUUUAUUCCCUUCUGUCAAUAUCCUCGUAGGACUCUCCCAGACUCAGGGCUACUAUUCAAAAACUCAGUUGUGAAUUUUGCGACUCGAUAUCCUCAUUUCAAGGCCUCAAACUUCUGUCUCCCACCUCACUUUUCCUCGCCACAAGACAUGAAACUGAUGCUGAUCGAUUACGGUGUGUGCAGGUCAUUCAAAGACAAAAGCGGUGAACUCAAAACUCCAAGGGAGGACAUUAAAUUCAGGUUUUAUCGAAAAAAUGAACUUCAAAAAUUCGAAACAAUAUUUUCAGAGGAACCAACCGUUACGCCUCCCUAGCGGCUCAUCAUGGCGAGGAACAAUCGCCCAAAGAUGACCUUGAAUCUUGGUUUUAUAUGAUGAUCGAACUGAUUUCUGGUUCAAACAUUUCUAUGAAAACCCUCAAGUGAUAACUUUCUUCCAGGAGAUCUCCCUUGGUCACAUUUGCACCGCGAUGAUCGCAAAGAGACGGCCGAAAUUAAGGAACAGUGCAGAACGGCCGACGGAUGUCUCCUCAUGAUGAAAUAUUGCCCGAGAGUGAGUUCGAAAUUUGGAAAAUAAGCAAAAGCUUGAACUGGGACUUUUUCUGGGCCUCCAUUUAAAACUUUGAAGCGUUAAGUGGCUACUAUAGGGGAUCUAAAUAGGGCUCCUAAAGAGUGUAGUCAACGUUUAGUCCCUUCAGCUCUGUCGAAAUCGAAGUAACCCCUAGAGUGCAAAAACUUCUUUUACAAGCUUCAGUAACCAUUUGUAAUUCCGCUUGUACCACUUUGCUUUUAAUUUUUAAAACUUCAAAAGCAUAAGAUGACCACUGAAAAAGCAAAAAUAGACUGCCCCAUGCUGGAAUCGAACCAGCGACCUUCUGUUUACAAGACAGACGCUCUGCCACUAAGCCAAUGAGGCGCUAUCGCAAAAAGAUUGCCUCGGGGAGUGUAUUGAGCAAGCCUUUUAUAGAUUAUAGUGCCGAAUAGGCAAGAGCAAAAAGUGCAAAAAAGCAACUGCCCCAUGCUGGAAUCGAACCAGCGACCUUCUGUUUACAAGACAGACGCUCUGCCACUAAGCCAAUGAGGCGACUGGCAGCCUGCGCUUGCAAACGCCUACAGGUUCUCGUUGCAGGUCGAGUUCCGCCGCAUACAAACCUACCUGUCGGGCCUGAAAUAUCAGAACACCGUCGACUACACGUUCAUUUCGGAAGUCGUUCACCUCGCCAUGAAGAAUAAUGGAGUCAAAAUUGACGAGAAAUUCGAUUGGCAGGAAGAUUAA